AUGGCUGUGGCGUCGAUGGAUCUGCACCACAAGGACCCGACUCUAGGGAAGUAUCACCAGGCAUCCACGGUGGAAAUUGAAGUGAACGAGCAGCCACGGUCGCGACCUCUCUCCGAAAAGCCCCUCAACGUGGGAAAGGCUCCUCUUCUGCAGCUCCCACCGGAGAUCGUCCACUUUAUCCUAUCUCAUCUCUCGGCACUGGAUCUCGCCCGUGUCUCGGCCACCUGUCGAUUUCUCGCCGAGCAUGCCACAUACGAUUUUCUAUGGGCGGAUCUGAUCAACUCCUACUUACCCACGAAGAUCCAGGAUGCGGGCCCUUUCGAUUCGUUUCGCAGUCUCUACAUUGCUCACCACCCGUGUUGGUUCAUCCCGCAGAAGAGGGUCUGGUUUUCGGACACGGAACACACGGGAAAUUUGAUUCUGGCCCGUUACGAUCAUCGACGGGGUGUCAUUGAGGCUUAUCGCGUUAUUGCAGAACGACGGAGCCAACCAUUCCAAAUGUGGAGUUGGAAUCCAGAUGUUAUCGUCCAACCCUUCCAUCCUAAAGCCAGUCUCUGGCUGGACGACCCAGUCCUUUUCUUGAAAAAUCCCCAAGGUGAACGGCGUUAUCUGAACGGAGAGACCCGCAUGCCUAUGGCUCUCGAGACGCAGCAUGUAUUCAAUGCCUUCUCGCUUUGUUCAGCGGAGAACCCGUCGGAGCCGGACUCCAACAAAUUGUGGCCGCCGCCUACCAUCCCGAGUGACUACCACGUUUACCGAGAUGUAGAACCUCACUUGGCAAAUGGAACAUGUCGCCCUCCAAAUCUGGAGACGAUGUCCGAACAUGCCUUCCGGAUCAGAAGAUGGGCCCAUUUCCGCCUUGGCAUGCCCAUCUUCACGGCAGGCCGUAGUGAAACCCUGUCAACUUACUCGACCCUUGAUCCGCGCCUGUAUACUCCAACGCGGGAGAAACCCUAUCAGGGAAUUUGGGUUGGGGACUAUUCUGCGCACGGCUGCGAAUUCUUGCUUUUCAUGCAACAUGACCCGGAUGACGGCCAUCUUGAUCAACCGCCAUCCGACGGUGACGAGAUCAUCCACCGAGGCAGUUUAGAGGCGGUCAAGCUAACUGGAGACCCCAACGUCCCGCGGGGUGAGAUUACCUUCGCUUCAAACGACAUUGGUCCUGGCGGUUUUGUUCGCACUGCAGAUGAGGCUCUCUUCAAAGGGGCAAGGAUCGUGCGAAGUCGAGGCCACGUAGCUGGCCUUGGUUUUCGAGAUGGUAGGUCACUGAUCAUCCUUGUGCCUACAGUAAUCUUUACAUGA